AUGAAUACCACAAUAUCAUCAUGUAUUUUAAGAUUGGCUGAAUAAUUAUUAUUUUCAGUUCUUAAUCUAUCUUAAUAAGCUUUAAGAUCAGCUUCUCUNCCAUUAUCAGUAUUGCUUCUUAGAAGAAAUGCAAAAGUCACUAUUUGUCAUUCCGAAACCACUGUCUAAGAACAUGUAGAAAAAGUAUAUAUAUGUAUAAAUCAUUCAUUAGGCAGACAUUGUGAUUUCAUGUGCAGGUCAUAAAGAAUUGGUCAAAGGAGAAUGGAUCAAAAAUGGGGCAAAAGUUAUUGAUGUUGGAAUUACUAGGAUUCCAGGAACCAAUAAAAUUGUAGGAGAUAUUGAAUUUCAUAAAGUUUAAAAUAUUCCUUUAUUUUAGGCUCUGACUAAAGUCAGUUUCAUUACACCUGUCCCAGGGGGAGUUGGUCCUUUGACUGUUUCUAUGUUAUUUAAAAAUCUAUAUCGAGUUUGGUGUCGAUCCAAUGGAUUACAGCUUAAUAUUGAUGAAUAAGAUGAAGAAUUGGAUUAUGCUUAAAACUACUAAUUCUGA